AAAUCUUGUUUAUUUAUACUUAUUACGAACUUGCCAGUUUGGGCUAGGAAACAUGAAGUUAUUAGGUAAAUCUUGGAAAUAUAUAAACGAGGGGAACGCUCACAUCGUGGUUCAACUAUUGGAAACGGAUUACGUGCUACGUCUUAUCAAGGAGGACGAGAAAACCGCCGAUCAGAAAAAUGUGCAUGACUCAGUGAACUUUGUUAAUUUGAUCAUGGUACCAUUGCUGGAAAACCGGUUCUAUGGUGUGGAAGAAGCUAUAGAGAUAUCUGAACAUGAUUUAGCAGAAUUAAUCAAAUUGCUGCUACCAUUUCGUCCAGCUAAUAGAACGUUCAAGUCAGUACUCUGUAAGACUGUCAUAAAAGCCACAAACCUGUCAAUUGUCAGUCCUUCUUGCGAAACUAACUAUUGUAUAGAGAUCAAACCAAAAGAAGGUUUCUUAUCAGCCAACCUUAGGAAGUACUCCAAGUGUUAUUACUGUUUAAAACAAUAUCUCAAACUGCAGAGUGGAGCUAUCAAGCAGACUAGUCACUAUUGUCCUCUAGACUUGUUCUCUGGCGACAGAGAGAGAAUGAAAUACUCACUGAUGAACAUGAUAAACAAUCCACAAAAUAACUUCAAAUUAUUCAAAGAUGGGACCUUAAUUUUUCAUGAAAAGUCAUCUCAAAAUGACUUUGAAAGUUUUGUACAAAACAUGAGUUAUUUUAGUGACUCACAACUAUUUUUACAUUUUAUCAUAGAUAUCCUACUGAGUGAUAACAAUUCACCAUACAUUACACUUGAGAAAACUAAAAAAACUGUGAUGAAUGAAGUACCCACUCAAUGCUUUGAAAGCAAUAUGCUUAAGAAAAAUGCAUUCCUAUACAAAUUAUUGCAACUACAAAAAAUAUCAGAGACAAGGCCUUUUGACAUCAAAGAUGUGAAUAUUAAACACACUGAUUAUGUCACUAAAUUGCUUGAACAACUACACUUAAAACAAUUAGAUUUGAUCCAACCAAAUGACAGAGAAACAUUUCUUAAAACUAUAGAUCCAACUCACUUGGCGUUGAUAAGUGCAAUAGCAAAAGACUGUUCAAUAAUGAUAAGUUUCUCCUCCAAUUAUGUUGAAAACUUCCCCUAUGUGGAAACUGGAAACUCAAAGAUUUUCUAUAAACUUGCUCUGACUGACUUGGAACCAAAGUCGGUAGCAACAUUGCCUAAAAGAAGGGAUACUGAGAACAGAAUGAUAGAAGUGUAUGAGAAAUACAUUGAAUCGAUUAAUAAGGAACAAGAAUAAUUCAACCUCACACAGAAACAAGAGCAAAGCAAUUAGAAGCAUGGCAGCAACUUAUAACAGAAUACUUAAAAUCGAACAAACAAUCAACCAUAGACGUAAGAGAAUCUCAGAAUAGUCCACUUUUUAAUAACGCGGAGAU